AUGUCCUCCCAAUUACCCUCCCUCGACUCGAUCCUGCAUACCCUCCGACAGUCUCUAAGCACUCACGACCCGUCUCAAGCGCAGUCACAGUUACAAAAGGCGAAGCUCGCCCUCCUACAACAAAAUGCCUUAAUACCCUCUCCCGAAACUCCCGUGCAGACACUAGCAACCGCUCGUUCAAUAUUGGAAGCUGGCGCUCUUCUCUCCAUCCGAUCAAGAGAACCAGAAUCCUUCGUGAGAUAUUACUCUCAGCUACAACCCUUCUAUGAUUUUCCCGGCCUACAACAGACACCUUCGAGAGAACGCUCAAAACUCACGGGACUGUAUUUGCUUCUAUUACUCAGCCAGGGCGAUUAUGCUGGUUUUCACACCCUCUUGGAGUCUCUGAUUGCGGCGGAGGGGGCGAAUGGGUCCCCGAGCGUAGAAGCCGAUCCGUAUAUCAAAUACCCCAUGGAGUUGGAGAGAAGUCUCAUGGAAGGCAGCUACGACCAGGUCUGGCGGAAGACAAAUGGGCGAGACGUCCCAGGUGAAGAAUUUGGGUUGUUCUCCGAUAUCCUAAUCAACACCAUCCGUAUCGAAAUCGCCUCCUGCGCCGCCCGCUCCUACCCCUCUCUUCCUAUCGCCUCGGCCAAGAAUCUUCUCUUCCUAGACUCUGAAGGCGCAGUAAUGGAAUUUGCACGCGAGCAAGGGUGGAGUUUGGAAGAAGGGAGGAUAUAUUUCCCCGGAUUGGAGGCGUCCAAGAAGACAGAGGAAGGGGACGAGAAGGAGGUGAUUAGUCACAUGGUGGAGUUUGCGAGAGAACUGGAGAGCAUCGUUUGA